AGUGUUACAAAGGUCCCUGGAUCAGCAGCUGUUCCCUUCAGUCUCUCUCUCUCUCAGCAGCUGCUGGUAUUCCGAGCACAGCAAUGGGAACCGGGCACAUUGCGCUGCUUGCUGCCCUCUGCAUCACCACCGCCCUGGGUAAUAAGUGUCAAUUGCGAGGAGCAGCAACAUGUGCAGAGUGUCUGCAAAUAGAUCCAUCCUGUGCCUGGUGCUCCCAAAAGGACUUUGGUGGAAGCAGCUCUCCAAGGUGUGACCUAAAAGAGAAUUUAAUUCAAAAAGGUUGCCAAGAGAAUUCGACCGAGUUUCCUCAGGGCUCCAUCAAAAUUGAGAAGAAUUUGCCCCUCAGCGAGAAAGGGUUGAGCGACAAACCAGAGGAGACUGUGCAAUUCACUCCUCAAAAGAUCACCAUCAACAUGCGUCGAGGCGAGACCAGUUCAUUCACAGUAUAUGUGCGUCAGGUGGAGGACUAUCCUGUGGACAUCUACUACUUGAUGGACCUCUCUUACUCUAUGAAGGACGAUUUGAUAACCAUACAGAAACUUGGCACACAGGUGGCUGAAAAAAUGGCUAGCCUGACUAGCAAACUCCAAAUAGGCUUUGGAGCUUUUGUGGACAAGCCCGUCUCUCCAUACAUGUAUAUGACAACAGAAGCAGAAAUCAAAAACCCGUGUGUAAGCAUUUCAAGUUCAUGCUCACCCAUAUUUGGAUUCAAACACGUACUCAAACUGACGGAAGAAGUGAGCAAGUUUAAUGAUGAAGUGGGCAAACAGAGGGUCUCACGAAAUCGCGACUCGCCAGAAGGGGGAAUGGAUGCCAUACUUCAGGCCACAGUGUGCAGUGAUGACAUCGGUUGGCGUCAAGAUGCCACACACAUGUUGGUCUUUGUCACUGACGCCAACUCGCACUUGGCGCUGGACGGGAGGCUGGCCGGUAUAACUCGCCCCAAUGAUGGGCAGUGCCACCUGAGUCAGGACAAUGAGUACAAUGCCUCCACCAUCCUGGAUUUCCCAUCACUUGCAAUGCUGACUGAAAAACUUACAGAGAAUAACAUCUUCCUGUUCUUUGCUGUAACCGAACCCGUCACUGCCAUAUACAAGAAUUACAGUGAAAUGAUUCCUGGCUCUACAGUUGGGACAGUUUCCGAUGAUUCCGGAAAUGUCCUGAACCUCAUCGUGGAUGCUUAUCAGAAAAUCCGCUCUGAGGUAGAAAUGGAGGUUGUGAAUCUGCCGAAGGAACUGUCAAUAUCCUUCGAUGCUUUCUGUGGAAAUAAGGAAUCCUUACCAGGGCAGAGAAGUUGCUCAGGGCUGAAAAUUGGAGACACAGUGAAUUUCACUGUAAAACUAGAGGCCAUAGACUGUCCAAAGGAUGGGAAAGUUAAGACAUUUACUCUGAAGCCCAUUCUGUUUCAAGAUACUCUGGAGGUGACCGUCAAUUUCAAGUGUGACUGCGAGUGCGAAACCAAUGCAGUGAAAAACAGCACUCAGUGUAAUGGCACGGGAACCUAUGAGUGCGGAGUGUGCCAGUGUCUUCCAGGCCACUUUGGACCCCACUGUGAGUGCACAGAGAGCGAUUCCUCAGUGAUUGAACAAGCUACCUGCUCCCCAAAGAAAGGCGACCCCAUUUGCAAUAACCGCGGGGAAUGCGUCUGCGGACAGUGCUCCUGCCACAGUAAUACGUUUGGGAUCAUAUCCGGCAAGUUCUGCGAAUGCGAUGACUUUUCUUGUGGACGAUACAAGGGGAAGCUGUGCUCAGGGAAUGGCAAGUGUGAAUGCGGGGAGUGUAGGUGCUUCUCGAAUUGGAUCAACAGUUACUGCAACUGCACCACCAAGACCGACAGCUGUAUGACCGCUUUAGGGUCCAUCUGCAGCAGGCGGGGCAGCUGUGUGUGUGGGAAGUGCGUUUGCCAAGGCGGGGCAUAUGGAGACCACUGUGAGAAAUGCCCCACCUGCCCUGAUGCCUGCUCCUCUAAAAGGGACUGUGUCAAGUGUAAGGUGUUUAACACUGGGGAACUGAUGGAGAACGGCACAUGUGACGAGGUGUGCACAGACGAGAUUCGAAAGGUGAAGACUCUGGACACAGAAGCUAAAGAUGGUGUCAUCUGUACCUAUAAAGACGAGAAUGGCUGUGUGGUUCAGUUCCGUUAUCAUGAAGAGUCAAAUGGAAAAUCCGUUCUGUCAGUUAUUGAAGAACCAGAAUGCCAACCACCUCCGAACAUCCUUCUCAUUAUCCUGUGUUUGAUGGGUGCCAUCCUGCUUUGUGGCCUGGUGGCACUGCUGAUUUGGAAGCUGCUGGUUACAGUCCAUGACAAGCGAGAGUUUGCAAAGUUUGAGGCAGAGCGAGCCAAGGCAAAGUGGGAAACGGACAAUAACCCGCUGUACCAAGGACCAACAUCAACCUUUACAAAUUUCACCUACACUGGCAACACGGACUGAGGGGAGCAUCAGCGGGAGAGGGUUACACAAACGACAGCAUUGGAGAGCUUUAACUGGGCUACACGGGGCACAAAACCAAGGCGCUUGGGGUUUUAUUUCUCAAUGAGACAGCAUUCCUUUCACUGGCCUGUGUCGAGCUGCACACAGCCGCAACUUCAGUCUGUAAAACCUACCUUCCCUCAACACUGGAUCGUUUAACCUAGAAACUGCACUGAGCCACAGUGAGGUGGUGUUGGUAUAUUUCACCAGUAGGUGUUUGAACCUGCAUUGUAACCAGUGCCUCAGGCACUUACCUGCUGGUCUGUCUGUGAGGAUUUGUGAUAUCUGAACGGUGUCUCUGAUAAUCCCAAUGGAUGAAUGCACUGUAGUAUGCAUCCUUUUAUGAAGGGCUUUGAUAAACCUAAUGAAGAGAAGUAGUUUUUUUUCUGGCAAGUAGGUCAAUAACUAGAGGACAGAGAAAUAAGGUGAUUGACAAAAGAGCCAGAGGGGAGACUAGGAAGGUUAUUUUUACCCAGCAAGUUAUUAUGAUUCGAAAUGCACUCCCUUAAAGACUAGUGGAAGCAGAUUCAACGGAACUUUCAAAAGGGAUUGAAGGGGAAAUUCUGCAGAAAAGGUGCAAAUGAUUGGGUCACUCUUCCAAAGAUGGGCUGAGUAGCCUCCUUCUGUGCUGUAUGUUCUUAGCACAGGCUGCCUGAUUUGAAUGCUGCUGCGUGUUAUUUGUCGAUCUGAGUUGGAGUGUCACAAUUGAGCCUCAGUGUUCCUGGGUUUAGGGAGAAAGGGGAAAAAGUGCUCCUGACUAUAAUCCCAUUGCUCCUGCUGGAAGCAGGCGUGAGCAUUCAAUUGGGUGAGGGCAGGAUUGAGUAUCAGUAGCCUUUCAGCGUGUUUAGACACGUGAGGGAGGACACAGAGGGUUGGCAGCUAUAGGAAAGGAAGGGAGAAAGUAGUGGAACCAGUUUCUCAUCCCCAGACACCAGAAUCUCGAGGAACUUUAACCAGUCAGAUUGAACAUAUCCUACAGAUGAUGCUAUGUAACUGCAUAUUUGGCCAUUAUGGGUACCUGUAUUUCACACCAGCUCAAACAAAUGCCUUACUCCUGUUUCCCAAAGACCAGAGAUUGUCUGGAUCCCCCCAGAAACGUGGCCCUGCGACCCCCUGAAACAUGCUCGGCUUAUCCACCAACUGUUAGCCCCCGAGGUUCAGAAGCCGAUAAGGCUGAGCCAGGUAGGCUGCAAGGCGCUGGCUUGAAUGGGUUCACUGGGCUCGGACUAGCAGCUCUGCAGUCAGUGUCACUCACCCAUCGCUCCCCCACCCCAUGGCCCAAUGAGAGUGGGAGGGGGGAGUGGGAAAAUCAGCCAGGAUUCCCACUCUGGCUUUACAUCCCAGAAACUCCUGCACUCAAAAAAUCCAACCAUGUUGCUACAGAAACAGCAAGGGACUGAAGCCAGAACGAAAUAUGAACAAGUUCUACAUCCACUAGAAGUUUUAUAAUUCGUUCCUUUUAUAGACUGUUGUUUAAAAUGCCAUUAAAUCCUCGUGUUUUAUGUACAUAUCUCUCUUCAUCGGUGAAGGAAUACUAUUGGUUCAUUUUAUUGGCUUUUAUCUAUCUGCACACACUGAACAUUGUUAGGGAGUUACUCGCCUGUCUCACUGUCAGCACAAUAACUGAUUCCAUUCUGAUUAUCAGUCCCUACGUAGGAGCCACGGUCUGACAAUCCCUUCUAGAAUUUAACAACUCUCUGCAGAAAGAACUACCUCCCAACAACUAACCUAUAACGUCAUGUUAUGUUUACAUAGUCCAUUUGUCAGUGGAGUAAGUGGACAAAAUAGACACUGAGCCAAAGAUGGAGAAGUUUGGGGUGGGGGGAUGGUGGGUGAGGAGGUGAACCAUAGUUUAGUCAAAGAGAUGGCUGAAGGAGGAGAGGCCAAGGGAGGGAGUUCUAGAACCUGGGGCCCGAAUGCAGUUCGGCAAUGUGGUCAGUUGAGGGGGUGUGAUCUAUGCCUAUCUAACUUAUAUUUUUGUCCCCUUCAACUGAAACAAUUCACUCAUCCAUUUGCCACAGCUGUUUGUGAGAUUCGUUAGGCCUGUGCUUUAAACGGGGUAAAUUCAUCUGCAGAAAUGAUGGCCGGGAUUUCCCCGGCUCAUUGGAGAAUGGGAAAGUGGCUGUGAAGAUUUGUCAGGGAGGAGGUCUAAUGUGUCCCUGAAGCCAGGGGAUAUUCCCAGUGGCAGGAACGGCAGUAACUCAGGUGCCUGCUGACCAGUGGCAGGUGGUCUAUUGAUGGCAUUUUUAACCAGGCCACCAGCAUUUUACCAGUGUUAGAACAGCUCCCGCCGCAUGGGGAGACUGCCAGCUACAUCAAGGUGACCUCCUAGCAACUCCCUAGAGGGGGCUGGGGAGGACGUGCUUCUUUUCCAGACUAUCCAUGGAGAUGCCCUCCUAGUGGUAAUCCUCCGCGGCCACCGACUCCGACAGUGGGGCUAUCCCUCCAGUUGCCGGAUCUGUCUGCCCCAUCACCAAACAUUUUAACAAUGCCUUCGAGGAGGAGUGGCACCUCCUUCCUUCUGCCCGCAGCCUGAGCAGUGACUGCCUUUAUCAGUGGCGCUGCCGACUCUCCAACUGGGCCAAAAGUUCUGAGAAACAGGCAGCAUCGUUGGUUAGCCGGUGAUCCCAGGGAUGGGAUUGGCCGCCGCCAGCAAAAUGGCCGCUGCAGUGACCGCCCAAUGUGGACUCGGGAUGCACAUUGGGUCUCAACAUCAGGAAUCAGUGUGUGGCGGUAAGAUCCCAGCCAAUAUUUCAGUGAGGAACUGGCUCCCCUAAGAAGAUAGUGGAAGGAGGUUGACUCAUUCCCAAUGCAGAUUGGCCAGAAUUCUUUCAGAAAAUGUGGCGCGGUCUGUGAAUAAUUAGAGACAUGAGUAAGUGUAACACAUUGAGGACCUAGCGUUCUUAAAUCCACCCCCCCAUCACUGGUGACAUUUCUUGCCUCAUGUCUGGCUCUGUUGUAGACUCAUUGAUAGAUUUUAAUUGCGAGGAUUGUUCAAGAACUCCAUCAGCUUUAAUCAUGCAGCUACCAGGAUGGUAGAAGAUGGAUGGGCUUUGGUCUUUUUCUGUCUCGCAAUUCCUAGGUCACUGUAUUUACCGAAAGCAUCCUAAUCCCCUGUCUGUAAAGCUUCCUGUUUCUGAGGGUAUAAGGGGCCAGAAAAAUCAGUCUUUAUUUUUAGCACUUUGUGGAGAUAUCUUCUUGGAAAUAUAUUUUGAAAGACAGUCAGGCCAGCUGUUGCAUCAGCGUCCAUUUGGCUGCAUCUUAGAAGGGGAGGAGGGAUCUUUGGUCAAUGAGCCUGUAGUGGUGAGACAGGAAUUAGAGACACAGGAAGGUUUCAUGUUUCUACAGGUAAACAUAGGUUGAACAAGUCCAUCUGUUCAGAGAAGACACGUUCUCAUGGACACAUGCCACUUACUGCAUUGUGACUGAAAAUUGGAAGCAAUUACCCAAGCUGAAGUGUAGCAACUGCCUAAAUUUAACUACAGUUGUUUCAUGUUGAAAGUCUAACAGAACAUUGCAGGAGGAUAUGGUUAGUAAACAGGAAGUGCACCCAGUAGCUGGUGAUUCAGAAUGUGAAUGAUGCCCCACCCAGUCACUCAGCUUUCCUGAAGUUACAGGCAGUGUUUGGUGGGUGUGUGACCUGUCUGUGAUUUCCUAGCAAGUUAAUACCAUGUCAAAAGUAGGAAGUGAAAGCCAGUGGACCAUCCCUGGACAGAAGGCAGGAUUAAUAUGGAGUGAAAGCACACAAAGACAGCCCAGCUGAGUUUACACAUCUAGGGCCUCAGUUGAGAUGCUACUUGGCCUCAGGGGUGAGGGGGGGAUGGUGCUGGUAACUCAGGCAGGAUCCGUGGUGCUGGUCAUUGGCACUGGGAGGUGUGUGCUGGUCAUGGUCAUGGGGUGAAGGCAGGGUCGGCCUGUGGUAUGGAGCCCUGCCCUGUCAGAUGGCCUGUGAACGCUCACUGUAUGAGCUGGCACGGAAAGAAUCUGGCGCCUCUGAAACUGAAUUCUUUGUCAAGAAGUGCCCGUGGGACACAAAGGAAAGAAUGUACAUUUAUAUAGCAUCUUCCCUCACCUCAGGAUGUCCCAAAACGUUUACCAGCCAAUGAAGUACUUUUGAAGUGUAGUCAUUAUAAUGUAGGAAAUGGGGCAGCCAAUUUGCACACAGCAAGACCCCACAAAGAACAAUGUGACAUUGACCCAGAUAAUCUGUUGUUGUGAUGUUGAUUGAGGGAUAAGUAUUGAUCAGGACACUGGGUAGAACUUCUCUGCUCUUUGUCAAAAUGUGCCAUGGAAUCUUUAAUGUCAUCCUGAGGGGGGAAGACAUCUCUGGCUAAUGUUGCAGAAGGAAGAAGAGGGAGGGAGAAUAAGGGAGAAAUAUAAACUCUCAGUGAUCACAGGCACUUGCUGAGUAGGAGAGAUUCCCAAUUCAUAACUGCCUUUGUGUGGACUGGCGACACCUAUUGAUCAAUUUUGGGUACUGCAGGAGAGUUUCUUUCAAAAUUCUAGUCUCUCUUUGAGCAAUAGCCCUUAACAUAUUUGUGGCAAAUAUUUUACUUAACACGAAUCCAGGCUAAGAAAUAACAUCAGUGCUUUAGAUUUUUACACAUUUGUAAACAUCAGUAAGCCAGGAUAUUGUGUGUAUUCUGGCAUCUAGUGUGAAUAUCAAUUACUCCCAGGUGAGUUUGAACAGAGUAACAUGCUCUCUCUCUCUCUCUCUCUCAACACUGCUCCAGAACGUACACUCUUAACCCUACAUAAGUGUGGGCCAUACAGCACCAGUGUGACAGAAGCCAUGACUGAGUGACAGUUCGAGGUGGAUUCCAGACAGGGCCAGGGGUACCCAGGGUUCGAUUGUUUCUGGUCAGAAUCCAUUAAUUCACAUGGGACAUGAUCAUGUGACGAAAUCUCCAUCCAGAGUUAACAACCCCAUUGAUAGAGCAGAGGGUUAUCGAGGUCAUUUAUUAUGGUCAUUAUAUAAACAUUAGAACAAAAUGGGUUAAAAGCACAAUUAGAAACAGUCUGGAGAGUCCUGUUGGCAGGGCUAGACUGGGGAAUCGGGGAUAGGGAUCAGUUUACUACCUGUUCCAAUUCUCCAAUCAGCCACAUCACACCACUCUCUCCCCACUUACACCCCCACACUAUCCCCCCUUCCCCACAUCACCUUGCCCCCCUCUUCCCCCAAAUGUUCUCCCUCCCCUCUACCCCACACCCCCUCCCCAACAC